GCAAUAGAUGAUGUCUGAGACCGGUUCCCUGCGCCCACAAUCGCCUUGAUGUUCCUGCUCCGGUAGACAGUCCUGGAAGUUCAUCGCUUCUGGUAAAUGUGCCAGGAAUGUACGAACGCUAGGAAUUGCUCCCGGAGAUAAUGAAGUACUUCAAGCUUGGCGAACAAGGUCAGAAGGGCUGCCAGCAGGAUAGUCCCAGUGCCUCCGAUAAGCGUGACACAAUUUCGAUGGCACAAGAAGGCUGUGGCAGCCAGUGAAAACAUUCGAGCCCAUGUGACCACUAAAGAAGUGUAGUGGCAAUUGAGCAGCAGGUCUGUAGAAUGGCAUUUGACCAACGCAGCGCUUUCGUUUUAAAUUCACCUCCAAGUACUCCUCCGGGUGCUGUGAAGAGCCAACGAAGCCUUCGGUCUGUAAUCCUGUCGCAAGACAACGACCCGCUCAGUGAAUGUUCUUCGUGCGCAAUGACUCCAUCGACUGGACUUACAACGCCAGAACUGAAUGCGAAGUACACAGAAUCUGCCAUCGUACUUUUCCAAACACACAUAAACUUCCUUACGGGCAUGCUGUAUGCCCUUCUUAACAGUGUCGUCGUCGGAGUCAUAUCGAUAUUUAUCAAGGUCCUGUACGACAUCCCUACAGGGCAACUUGUCUGUAUGAGACUUUCUGGAAUCUUAUUCUUCUCCCUUCCACUGGUCAUCUGCAGCAGACAGCACCCAUUUGGCACGCGACAUAAUAGAGCAGUUCUCGUCUUGCGUGCAGUUGCCGGCAGUGCUGGCCUUUACUUCAGGUUCUGGUCAAUGAAGCUUAUCCCAUUGUCCGACGUAGCUGUCAUCCUUGCAAGCCUACCCGUAUUCGUCACAGCUCUUGCACGUGUUUUCCUCAAAGAGCCCUGCGGUGCGUCAGACACAAUCAUCCUUAUUUUAACUAUGAUCGGCCUAGUUAUGACCACACAAGUUCCUGUGCCAUUGGUGAAUGUUCCUGGAAGCUCUGUGCCAAGCUCAGACAAGUUUAAAGGAGUCACAUUCUCCCUUCUGGCGACGCUGUUCAGUGCCAUAAAGUUCCUGAUGAGUCGUUACGUUCAUGAGGAACACUACUCUGUGACACUUUUUGUUUACGGCUUGGUGGGUGUAAUGCUAUGCGUUAUUAUGGCGUUUUGCGGCCAGCCUUACGUCUUGCCUCGCUGCGGACUGGGGCGGGUGUUGUUCAUCGUCUUUAUAGUUCUGAGCUUCCUGGAGCACAUGGUUUUGAUCAAGGCGCUUCAGAUGGAGAACGCAGGUCCUGUAUCAGUGGUGAUAGCGGCAACAGAUGUAAUGCUCAUGUUUGUGGCUGAACUGUUGAUUUUCGGAAACGUUCCCGAUAAAUAUAGCUUCGGUGGUGCUAUGAUAGUGUCCCUUUGUGUAGUGGUGAGUUUAGCCAAAAAGGCGGUGUCGGAAUCAAAGCAGGGCAGUUGGGUAAAGCGAUAUCUCAACUGGCUCAAUUACUAGCCGUACAAGAGGUCAAUAGCUGUAGCCGCAAAAAAUACAAUAAAUAGAAGAAUCCA